CAAAUAACCCCAGGAACAGGUCUAAAAACAACGACACCAAGAAUUUUUUUUUUUGCUUGGGCUGUGUUAUUAUCCAUAGUAGUAAAGGUGAGAAUGCGGACCAUGUUAUAGUUCUUGCUAAAACAUGGUCCACGGACUACAGGUUGGGAACCACUGCCUUAGAGUCACCAUGUUGGAAAUUAAGGCACAGAACAGUGACAACUAUGUGCCUUCAAGAACAGGUGGUUUUAGAAAAAGGAAGCAUGACAAUUUCCCUCAUGGUCAUCGAAGAGAAGAAAAAGAUAACCUUAAUUAUUCUUCAGCUGUGAUCAUGGCCUUCAAAUCAUUUCAGGUGGAGCUUGACACAAGACAUGACAAAUACGAGAGGCUUGUGAAACUUAGUCGUGACAUAACUAUUGAAAGUAAAAGGACCAUAUUCUUAUUGCACAGGAUUACUAGUACUCCAAAUGGAGAAGAAAUACUAAUGGAAUCUGAGGCCAAAUUAGAUACCGUGAGACAGAAGAUAAAACAAGUAGCACAAGAAUUGAUGGGAGAGGAUAUGUAUCAAUACCACAGAGCCAUCUCCCCAGGUCUUCAGGAAUAUGUGGAAGCAGUUUCAUUCCAGUAUUUUAUCAAAACCCGGUCAUUAGUUAGCAUAGAGGAGAUCAAUAGGCAACUGAUAUUUACAGAAGAAGCUAAAGAGGAAGAAACAAAGCCAUCUUCUGAUUGUAACAGUAAGCAAGACCACACUUGGAAUCUGAAGGUGACUCCUGUGGAUUACCUGCUGGGAGUGGCUGAUCUUACUGGAGAGCUGAUGAGGAUGUGCAUCAACAGUGUUGGGAAUGGUGACAUGGACACCCCAUUUGAGUUGAGCCAGUUUCUCCGUCAGAUUUAUGAUGGCUUUUCCUACAUAGGCAAUACUGGUCCCUAUGAAGUUUCCAAAAAACUGUAUACAUUGAAACAGAGUCUAGCUAAAGUGGAGAAUGCUUGCUACACGCUGAAAGUCAGAGGGUCUGAAAUACCGAAGCAUAUGCUAGCGGAUGUUUUCUCCACCAAAGCAGAGAUAAUUGACCAAGAAGAUGGGCUUUCCUAAAACGUAUGGAAAACUCAUGGCCCAAAACAGACUUUAGAAUCCGAAUGAAGCAUUUUCAUUUGUGGGAUCUGUUUAUUAGAAGAGUUUUAGGUUUCUGUCAGACCCAGUGAUGUUUUAGGGUCACUUUUAGUUUAGUUCUGUAAUCUAUUUUAACUUGUUAGGGUCACCAAUAGUACACAACCUGUUCACCAUUAUGAUAUUUUUAUUAUUUGUGUUUCUUUAUGCUUUAUUACCUGGACAGUCUAUGUCUGUGAUGGGUUGUGGUGGUUAGAGUCUACAUAUUGUAUGGAAUUGAAGAAGCCUGUUGGGUCAAGAGGAAAAUUGACUUUGUAAAUAACAAAGUCUAUGAAUUGUUUUUUGGAGCCUUUAAUACUUCUUAUUUGAACAUUUUGUCUCAAUACUAGUCACUGUUGCUUAGUUGGUUUAUAUUCAGGAACCUGAAGCCAGUACAAACCUGAAAAGCCUGUUAAAAUUUAGCCUGCUUAUAUUUUUCAGCAGAAACGAAUUCUCUUGCUUGCAAAUAAAAUUAUCAUGAUACAGAAUGUGUAGUUUCAGUUCUAUAGACAGGAACACUGUACAGUUGCAGAGGUGUAUAACAGCAACUGCAUUAUUUAGAGAGAUGAAGUUUUAACUUGGGAAUAGUGGACCAGUUGACAUAUGAGGGACAUCAUUUGGCCCAUGCUAUGUCUAGUAAGAUUCACUGCACACUGGCUUGCCUCCCCAAGGGAAGUGCAAUGAAGCUGCCCUGGCUAAAUGACUGACUGCAUAUUUGUGUUCCCCGUCAUUUGGGAGGAUGUGCAGUGGGCAUAUUACAACUAAGGGAUAUCUCUGUUAACUUUGACCAAAGAUUAGAAAUAAUAUUGGGGAUUUGGGCACUAUUGGCCCAACAAAUUGGAAAGGUGAAUGGUGUGGGUGAUGGAAGAGAAAUCUUGUCAUUUUUGAUAACAUGCCUUCCCUAUAUACCCCUUAUCCCCCCAAUUGGAAAAACCAAUGAUGUAUGCAUUGGAAACCUCCCCAUGUUAGGGUUUGAGGCUUAGGAAAGGGGUGAGGCUGCAGAAAGAUUGGCCACAGUGAAACUGCCAAGUUGCUUACUGUAGGCGUAUUAGUCAACACCUUAGUCAACACUGCUUUGUUUGCCCUAGGUCUUCCAUACUGAAGAAAAUACAGGCAUGCAAAACACAACUAAGGGUAGUCUUAUUCUGAUAAGAGAGUUCAUGAAGUUUGCUGUCUUAGUUUCUUCCUAGUUUAUUUCCCACUGGAAAAUCAUAUGAUAUAGAGAUCAUUAUGGGUCAAGGACUGUGUUUGUGUAUAACAAAGGGAUUCCCAGUAAAGGCAUUGUAAGGAUGGGAAUCCAGCUAUAUUUUAAGCAGUUUUUUUACACAGAGAUCCCUUUAUUAUUUGUAUUAUUUUUCAAUAGAAUUUUACAAUGUAGGAAAAAAUUGAACCUGUAGAGCUUACAGCGAGAUUGAAUUAAAGUGAAUUGAGGAAGGAUUUGGGCUGGCAUGUUAGAGAGAAAAGAAUUGGAAAUCUGUUUGGAAGACAAAAGGAAAUUGAACUUGACAGUAUGUGUAUAAUUUAUGUUCAGAGAAUCUUUUUUCCAAAUUAAGAAUGUAUUUUUAUUUCCUUUCUUGAUUAUUUACAUUGGCUUGGAUCCUAACUUCCUGUUUAUGAAAAAAUAGUUAAAUUCAUGUUUUCUCUCUCCUAUGUUUUCCCAAACCAUUCUGAGUUGUACAAAAUACUAAAAAAUGUGGAGGGUAGUCUGUAGAAGUUAUCACUGCCUCCUUGUGCAAAUGGAAGGGCCUAUUAGGAUCCAAAUCAAAGUAUUAGAUAUAAAAUAUAUGUUGUACAAACAAGCUGUUUAUUACCCAAGAGAGUACUGAUGCUUCCCCACACCCUCCAUACUUCUAUGCUGCAAAUCCUUAUUUUGUUACCAUAGCAUGACCUAAUUUCAGAUGUAUGAUAAAAUGAAUAGAACAAUGUUUUGUACAGUAUUUAGUAAUCAUCACAAGUUUUCCCAUGUAGUAAAAAUAUUAAAGGAUAUAUCCGGCCCCACUACUUUUACUGAAUGUAAUGAAUGUUUCUAUGUUUUUAUACAAUAAAAUAAUUAAAAGAA